UGCCCAGCUCCCUACUGUCGGUCUCCCACCCAAUCCCCAAUUCCUAAGUGCCAAUUCCAUCCCAGCGGCAGCGGCGGCGCAGCGCACGCCGGCAGGAGUAGGGGCGCAGGGCGCGCACGCCGGAGGGGCAGAGCCGUGGAGAUUGGAGGGGCCGCGCGCUCGCACCGCCGCGGGGCACAGCCGCCGAGUGGCGCAGGAGCAAACUCCUGCUCCCUGCUGCCCUGCUCGGCGGGCGGCAAGCCGACCAAGCGCAGCGCAGGCAAGCGGGCGCGGGCCGCGGGGCUGCGGGCGGCGGGCGGCCAGCCGAGCAGGCGUCCGGGUCCGGCAAUCAGGGAGCAGCGCUGCGUAUCGAUUGCUAGGUGAAGAUUUAUCCCAACCUACAUUCAAUUACAACCCAACGCGGAUCAAAGUUGGUUGAACCGUCCCGACCCACUUCGACCGACAAUCCAAACACUACCUAGAACAGUCGGCGAGAAGGGAAGGAACCUCCAGGCGGAGAGCCGUAGAGGAGCAUCCGGUGGAAAGGUGGCAGCAGCGGCGACUGGUGAGAGAUGUCGAUCCUGUGGGAGAAGAGCGCUGGGUGGCGGUGGCUGGUGCGGCGGACGCGUGACUCGAAGCCCUUCUUCUUCACCUUCGCGGCAUUGUGCGGCGUCGUCCCUGGUGUGAUUGGCUAUGGCGUGAUGCAACUCACCAGCUCCCGCAAUGAGCAGCUCGAGGCCCACCUCCGCUCCACCGCCCGACCCGAGACCACGAUGAUGGGGCAAGUGAAUAGGGAGAGACUUGCAGAGUUUCUUGGUGAGCUGCAAAGGAAAGAGAACACGAAUGACAGAUACGUCGCCGCUCUGAAAGGGGAGACGCUGACCAGGAAACGCUACGAACGCAUCCAGCCUGUGCCUGCCCCUGCCCAGACGCAAGCGAGCCAGGAGGCCACCAAGGCUGCCAGUGCCGAGGAGAAACCCAAGGCCAAGUGAUUCGCAGUUAGGGUCACUAGAAAUCAUCGAAUAUAAACUAAGACUGGAUGCAUGUGUGAUAUGCCACAUGGCGUGUAAUAAAUUCGUUUUAUCUCGUGUGGACUUGAGAAUAAUUUGUAAUGUGUGCUAUUGCCUGGUGAACUUUGUUUAAUGCUUUAAAUUAAGACUUGAUGCAUGAGUCUGUUGAAAUGAUUUGCUA